CACUCAUCCGUAGCUGUUAAGAUGCUGUGCUACAAGCGCGAUGGCACUCCCUUUUGGGCGCUGGUGCUGAGCUGCCCGCUGUCCAGCAGCGUCCAUGCGAAUGGGGCUCGUGGUGCAGGAGCGGCAGCCAGUCAGGCUACAACGCAGACACCGAGUCCUGUAGCCAAGACGAUCGCAGUGAAGCCCACCUCGGGCCGCUAUAACCAGCCACAAGGCAUCAGGGCCGGUGGACUGGGACUAGGACUGGGGUUUUUCGGGGGUUUGACGCCUGGUGGGGUUCCGGGGGGUGGCCUGCUUAGCGCCUGGAGCACGCACGGUGGAACGGUUUCAGGAGCGGUGGCUCAAGGAAGCAGCCCUUCUGGAUCAUUUUUUGUUAAGUACUGCCUGUGUUGUAUUAUCGACAUCACUGCACAGCGAUUAAAGAAACUUGCCGGGGGCAAGUACGUGCUGGGCAAAGUGAUUGGUGCGGGGGCCUUUGGUCUGGUGCGCAUCGGAAAGAACACUGCCACAGAAGAGCUGGUGGCGAUCAAGAGCGUUGACGCAACACGGUUCCGAAAUAUCACCGAGAUUGACCAAAUCCAGGAGGAAAUGUCGGUCUUGUCCUCCCUGAAGCAUCCGAACAUCAUACGCCUAUACGAUGUACACUUCCAGUCCAAUACGUUUUUCCUCAUUAUGGAGUUUGCCGGUAACGGCUCUUUGGUGCAUUUCAUGCACACCCACGGAGAUCCCGUUAAGCACUCGCUGGACGAGGCCACUGCAGCGCGCGUGUUUGUGCAGAUGGUUUCGGCGCUGGACUAUUGCCACCGCAGGCGCGUUAUCCACCGCGACCUGAAGCCUGAGAACAUCCUCAUGGAUGAGUACUACAAUCUAAAGAUUGCGGACUUCGGGCUGGCGGCCGUUGCGGCGCCAUUCAGCGGCGGCCUUACUCUGCAGUGUGGCACACCUGAGUUUACGGCACCGGAGAUCACUGUGGGCCGGGAGUACGAUGGCCCCAGCGUGGACAUAUGGAGCAUGGGCGUAAUCCUGUACGAGGCCCUGUGCGGGGCCCUCCCUUUCAAGGGCACCACCCAAGCUGGCCUUUUUAAAGCCAUCCAGCGGGGGAGUUUCGACCCUCUACCCAUGUACAUCAGCUCCGAAUGCAAGGACCUGGUUCGGCGGAUGCUGUUGGUGGACCCUCAGGCGCGCAUUACUAUGGAUGAGAUCUUGCGCCACCCCUGGGUUGCUAAAGCGAUGGCCAGCGACGGAGCUGACGGAAGGGUGGCAACGCCCACAAUGGGGCCCAGUCCCACGACCGGCGGGUCUGGACCAGUUGGCUUGUCCGGUGGAGGUGCAGAUGCACCAUCGCGCAUACGGCUUCAGAUGGGUAACGAGGCUGCAUCGAACGAUGAUGAUAUUUCCUGCGGUGGUGUUGGCGAUAGUGACAGCAAGGGGAAGGAUGUACAAGCUGGCUUGGCCGCCGAACGUGACAGUUGUGCUACGGAUGGAUCGGAAGCACGUGUCGGCAUCACUGCUAGCGACAGCGAUGGGUCUGGCCAUCAGAGGGUCUUCGCCCAGGGAUCAGUUGUGUCGUCACCUUGCGCUGCGAAGGCGGCUAAUGUCCUGGCCUCAUCAUCGGUAGACGGUGACUCCAUGGAGCCACCCGUCCCGGGCUCACCAGUGGCUCUAUCAGGGAUGACCAGCGCUGCGGACAGCUUGCACGACUCCGUCAAGCUUGUCCUCCCAGCCCACGUUAACAGAGGUGUUCAGGCGCGGCGUUGACACAGGACCGGCCUUUGUACAAUAGCCUAGGAACACGGCGGAUGUUCUUGCCGUACAUUUACACAACCGUAUCCCACUGUUGUGCCAAUAUCAUAGUCCGUCUGUCCGCACGAACGUUUUAUGUCGCAAGUACCUUGGCAGUCGCCAUGUCACAUAAUGUGUCUCACCAUGCCCCGCAGAUGACCCUAUCCUCGCGGCCCUGCUGCGGCACGCACACGCUGGCGCAGAUGUGAGCUCGUGCACGGCGUCCCGACCCAGCGAGGGUGAGGACGCGGAUUUGCACUUGCAGCGCAGCGCAGCUUCCUACUCGACCAACGUGCCACACGGCGCCAGCAUGGGUGGAGCGGCUGGUCCACGCCGCGAUGGCGCUCCUGGGUCUCGUGGCGGCAUCAGCCGGAGCAUAGGCGGAGCUUCCUCGGUAGCCGGGGGAAGCUUGCAUGGCCAAAACCAAGCAAAUGGGAAAGCGCGCGGGAGCAUUCUUUUGCCUACGUUGGGCACAACGAGCGGAAAUGCAGCUGGGAUCAGCAUUAUCGACAGGAGGAUGCACGAACCGACUUGGCUUCGUUCUCCUGCUCGGACUGGUCAGGCCGGAGGUACAGGGCGGGUCACCAGCACCAUGACAGCGUCCAUCGGCGGUCGUACGCAGCCUGGAGCAUUACAACAACCUGGCUUACCUGCCACAACCAUAACAUCCGCCCUCGGCGGGAACAUGCAUUCCAUCGCUGAAGGGAGCGGCAGGCAGCUCCCACCCAUCCAAGCCAAUCGAAUGCCGGGGAAGAAGGCAAGCUGGCUGACAAUAGAUUCCCGGUAGCUGCUUAACAGUAAAAGAUUCGAGUGCGUUGGCUGCGACAGCGGAGCCGAAAUGGGCACCAAGGCAUUCGGCAGCUGAUUUGCUGCGCCUGGAGCUUUUAUGAUGAAAAGUGUGCAAAUGCGGGCGUCACCUAUGUGAACGUUUGCUGACUCGCUUAAGCUGACUCUCCUGGUGAUUGAUCUUUCGGCCGAAUGCAUGGCCCCAAAAGGAUUUGGUGCAGAAGGAUUAGGAUCAUCAGGAUUAUAUUGUUCCGUUGUCAAACCGGUUACAAUGUUGGAAGCCUAUGUAGGUAUCACCGUACCUGCAUAAGUGUGCAACCCUUAGAAGGGGGCCCCAGGGGAAAUGUUUUCUGAUCAUAUCCUUUAUUUAAUCAUUCAGACCAGC